CAACUAGGUGGCUGGAGCUAAUUUAAACGGUUUUGUUAAAGCUGUCUUGUAAUGUUUACUUCUUUCGCGUUCCGGCGUGUCUUCUCAACUGAGCAGCACUACACGUCUGAUCGAACAGAUGCAGCAGUAUCUAAUUUGUGAUAAAUUCUUUUCGUCUUUCGACGAUUCUUUCUACAUACGGAUUUACAUUGGAUGAGAUAUCGGUCGAUGCAGCGGUGUUUCUACACUACAGUGUAGCCGUAAUCGAGAGCGAAGUGCCAACAGAGAUCCGCUUUCAUGAUGGCGAUGUUCCGCAGUUUUGUGUCGGCUGCCCAGCUCAGGCAGCAUCACCAUCAGCAUCAGCAACAGAACGGGGCAGCUGCGGCCGCACCUGGGGAAAGCCUUGAAAGCCAAUUCUCCUGUCCAAUUUGCUUGGAGGUCUAUCAUAAACCUGUCAGUAUUGCAAGCUGCGCACACACGUUUUGCGGGGAGUGUCUGCAGCCGUGCCUGCAGGUGACGUCGCCCCUGUGUCCCCUGUGCCGCAUGCCCUUUGACCCAAAGAAGGUGGACAAGUCGUCCAGCGUGGAGAAGCAGCUGUCCUCCUACAAGGCACCCUGCCGCGGCUGCAGCAAAAAAGUCACUCUUAUGAAAAUGCGUACACACAUCUCGUCGUGCUCAAAGGUCCAGGAGCAGAUGGCAAACUGCCCCAAGUUUGUGCCCGUCGUGCCCACCACACAACCCAUACCCAGCAAUAUUCCAAACCGCUCCACCUUUGCGUGCCCGUACUGUGGAGCGCGCAACUUGGACCAACAGGAGCUGGUCAAACACUGCAUGGAGAACCACCGGAACGACCCCAACAAAGUGGUGAGAGAAAUAGUGUGCCCGGUGUGCUCCGCCAUGCCGUGGGGCGACCCCAGCUACAAGAGCUCCAACUUCCUGCAGCAUCUCCUCCACCGACACAAGUUCUCCUACGACACAUUUGUGGAUUACAGUAUUGAUGAGGAGGCCGCACUGCAGGCAGCCCUGGCCCUGUCUCUAGCGGAGAACUGACACUGCCCAUCUACAGCCAGCGCCCCCCCAUCUACCUGCUCCCCAACACCCAAAUGCUGUCAACAUGAGUGCCCUUCUCUACACCAACAUCCAUUUUUCUCUGCCUCUCUUCAUUUUUCAUUUUUCUGUGUCUUUAUUUUUUUCUCUAGUCUACCAUUUUUUGGGUAGAGACAAAUGCGCUGUCAUGUUUGACACAGUUGGGUCACAAGCAUCCACAGUGUUGGAAAUGUUGAAUCUUUGGCGCCCCCUGGUGUUUUGUGAAAGUAUUUCCUGACCGGCUCCCAUCUCUAACUCCAACACCCAUGAUCCUCAGCAGUGUCUCACCAGGCUGUGAUGGCCCUGAUCUGGGAGUGCGUUGCAUUAUGCAACCUUGCCUCCUCCACUUGCGCUUGUCUCCUCGUCCCGCCUCCUGGCCCCUCCUCCGUGGAGAAAACGAUAAAGUUUCCCAGCUGUCAUCCUAGCCACAACAACUUUUGAGGGACUGUUUUUCAUUCACCAUCCCAAUUGCAAAUGAGAAAAAGACUCUACAAUUGAGCUUUUGCAAGAUAUUGAAAUAUAAUGCUGUUGUCAGUGAUGUCAUCAUGACAUAUUACUUCCUGGUACGAGGAGACAAGCAAGUGGAGGAGGCAAGUGGAGGAGGCAAGGUCGCAUAUUGCAACGCAAUCCAGGUAUCUCUCUCCACCUUCAUGUCACGUUACUUUGGAUGGGGCUCCUGCCUAUCCCAUGUGUAUGUACUGUAUUUGUGCACACGCACCAAUGUGUGCGUGUGUGCGCCGUGCACACUUGGCCAUCUUUGACAAACUGAUGCAUGGGAGAGUGACAAACAACCAUUGCUGCAGAUACAGCAAGUGAACAGCUUUUUUUCUUCAUUUUAACUCUUUAAAAAAAAAAAAAAAAGGUCUCUGACUCAUGUAUGGAAAAAAUGCUUCUUCCAAACACCUUUUCGUCAUGCCUCUCCAAACUUCUCCAAACCAGCUUCUGUUCAUUGUUUGUGCGAACGGACAGACAGGCAGCACAAUUUGUAUCAAAAACUGUAGAACAACCCACAGAGAGUGCUGGACUUGAGUUGUUGAUCCUGUUGAGGAAUCAGGAGCCUUUUUUGUUAAUGUCCUCUGUUAAUGUCAGUAAUAUUGGUCAUCACAGGACAACAUGGCAGCCCACCGUCGCACUUCAUGCUCCUUGGAAACCAAUGGACACCAUGGCGAUAGACUCAUUGGACUGUUCUUCUCCGGUUCUUCUGGACUUUGUUUGGUUUUCUUCAGUGUAUGUCUUUUUCUUUUUUCCUCGUGCCACAAGCCACUCUAUUCUUUUUUGAUAUCGGAUCUACUUCUCUGUUCAGGGUGGGUGGAUGUUACUAGUGCCAGGCAGAACUAACAGAGCACAGACAUAGCGAGCCAACUGCGCUAUGGUCACAUUCUAUGACAUCCAACCAGCCUCAGUCUGAUGGAUCGUCUCCUCUCUACCCCCUCUGCCACCCACACUUUUCUAAGUCCACCGCAUUGUGAAUACUUCUCCCUCUACUUCUCUCAUUCUCACCUGUUUUUUCUACAUGAAAACAAGUUCUCUCUCAAGUACCGCUCUUAUUUUCUAGUUUACUAACAGAAUUCUAGUUACAUACUUGCAUUGAAUCUUCUUCACUUCUGCUGUUACCUGGUUAACUUGCUACAAUAAUAUUUUUUACAAAGCAUCAGAUGAAAGAGAGAAAAAAGUAUAUAUUUUUGGAACAAAAACAUUUCACUUAAAAAAAUGGUGCACUAAUAACAAGAACAUAGAAAAAACAACACGUGUCUUUAUUAACCACUCUGGGGAUGUGUUGGUUUCCUUUACCCUGCUUUUUUAAUGUAUACCUUCUUUCAGAGGGAGUUUGACUGCCACAGUAAUUGCAGGGCUGGGCAGUAGCGGUUUGGUGUAAGGGCAUAGCCACUUCUCACCAUUAGAGGUCAGUGUUGGUUCAGGCAUAAAGUGAUGCCUCGCAAGUUGCAGGCAGGUGGCUUUGAGUUCAGAGCCAUGAAGUUUUUGUCGGUGUUUGUAUUCAUUACUUUUUGUGGUAUUUUCUUAAUGAAGAGCCUGCAUGUGUAGUGGCCAGAUGCAGUACUGUACUGUAAGUCAAUCGCAUGCACAGUGCCCUCAUUGAGCUCUGCGUAUAGGAGGAAAUGCAAAGAGGGGUCUUUUUUUGAAGAAGUGCUCUGAGGAUGUACAUAAGUGGACAUUAAACAUUUGUAUAUUGAUCUUUAUCGCAGCUUAAGUCAACAGUUUUAGGUGUCUGAUGAUGGCUCAUGUAACUCGUGGUGAUGGCAUAAACAAAAACUGGGUGUUGUAUUUUGGUAUGUGGCUCGAGGUGUUUGUGAGUGUGGAGAGGUGUUCAGUGUUGCGUAACACUGACUAGGAGUGAUGCGCUCUCUGAAUAUCAUUAUUAGUAUGCCGUUUUGACUUCGGCGGGUUGUUAUUAAGACUGAAUCGCCCCCUCUUCCUGUGGUGGACGUGAGACAUUUUACUUGACUUCACAGGAUUUCAGCUUGAUCAGAAGUUUGAAAGGAGAAAUGAGAGGAAGUGCCCGUAUGAAUGAAUAAAAGGGUGUGUCUGGUCCCAGCUGUCAAAAGGGAUGAAUGUAACUAAGAUGUGUAGUCUCUUAGGCCUCUCCCAGUUUCAUCUUGACUACUGUCAUAUAAAACCGGUUUUGAACGCUGUCACUUUAAAACAUGUUGAGUUGUUAGGUGAAGUCGUUGGAAAGCACAGUAAGGCAUUUAUAUGUGGGUCCUGUGUCUAUAAUGUGCAUGUCUGUGUGUGUGUGAGAAAGACAAAAGAUUGAUGGUGGAAGGGAUGUUGAGGAGUAAACAAAUUAAAAUACUUUUAAGAAUUUUUGAAAGGCGUUGUGAUGUGGAUGCGUCACAUUUGAUUUGAUUUUGACCUUUAAUUUGUGUCUCCAUUGAUAUCUGAUGCCCCUGGUCAGUUGUAUUUUUCAUUUUAUUCGCAUUCAGAGUUAAAAGCUGAAGGCUACAUAGAACAUGAAGGCCCAUAUUUCAUUCUGAGUUUUUCAAAAGACCCUCUGGAUGUUGUCUUUUCCAAAGAAAAGUCUUCCAGCAAAUGUUUGGGUACCUCUUUUUUCAGAGGGAGUAAUUCAAAAGAAUUUUUUAAAAAGUUGUAAUUCUGAAUGUGUUCUGAAACUGUAGCUGUACAUAGGCAAAGGAAAUCUAUUAUCCUUCAGUCAGGUCUUGUCAGUAGACGCUGGUUUUCCAGGGAUGUUUUUAUAUCAUCCAGUGGUUAAGGGCAGAAGUAAGAAUAUGCUGGGCCUGCUGAUCCACUUAGGGCAAGGACAAGUACAGUAGGACAUUUGUUGUAUACAGUCUUCACUAAGGAAGAUAUCAAGAGGGAAUGCUUGUAUGUACGCACUUGUCAAUUUCAACAUGUUUGUCCAGUGAAUUUGUUUUCUUGUUGAGUGAAGGUGAAUUUGUAAUGUGAAACAUUAAGAUGAAUGUUCUGGGACUUGGGGGAGAAAUGGCAAGAUUUUAUUCUGGGUGUGUAGUUUUUCUUUGGUAAUUUGAAAAACUGGUCUUCAGUGUACAUGAGGAAUUGUGUGUAAAACAAUUUAGUGAAAUCGUAUGCUUUUUAUGUGUUGAGGGGGGAAUGUUGUUUCAGUCUCAAAUGAUGAAUUGAACUGUAUAGUUAAGGCAAUGAAGUUGUCUUGAUCUCUCCACUUAAAAUACUUGAGUCAGGUUUGAUAAUGCCCAAAUCAGCCAUGAAAAUGUCCAUUUCCUUACCAUAUGUCAUUGACAUAGAAAACUUGCCCUGUUACAAUCAUUCGUUUUAUCUUAUAAAUGUUUGUAUUGCUGUUCUAUUUAUGGGAAUAUCCAUGUGCACCUGUGUAGCAUAAAAUGUAGGUUUUGUUUUUCGAACUUUUAAUAUUAUAAUUGUUUUAUUUUUUCUUGCCACUUUGGAAGAUUUUCCCCAGACUCUGCAUUUUUUCACUUUUGUGUCUUAACAAUCAUGAACAUUGUUCACUACAAAGUCAUCAGUAUGAUCUUCAUUUUCCAGGCUGUGGUCAACUCAAAUUCAACCGAUUUCAGUUUCAAUACUGCAUGAAUCGUUGCAGUAAAAACAAAAAAUUAGAAGGUUUCAGUGUGUUGCCCCAUCCAAACAUUGCCUCAUGUAUCUGUUUCAAACCUGACCUGUUCAAUUCCAAGUUGACAUGUCAUACAGUAUGGAUGAGCAUCAGUUUUGGGUUAUGGAUGAAGAACAACCCUGGGGGAUAUUAACUAGGCUAGGUAACCUGGAGUUCGUAGAAAAUCAGCUAAUACAAGAGCCUGGAAACUUCAAGUGAUGCAUGCUGGCUAUUAGCAGAUUUACCACUUUCUGUAGGUUUCCUUAGCCAGGUUCAUCACUCUAUCAUUUUCUUGGAAUAAUCCCCAGCAGUAUCCUGAACUUAGGCCUCUCUCUGUUUGUGUUGUGCCCUACUCUUGAAGCGCCAUAUGAGAGCGAACAAGCCCAUGCCAUUGCUGAAAGCCGUUUAGAGUGUAAUGUUAAAGAUGAUCAUGGCUUUAGAAUUUCUCAGAGGGUAUGCUACAAUGGUGGUUUAGUGACUAAACUGGAGUGCGUUUCUUGACAGCGUUGUUGCUAACUUGGUAGCAGCACCAUAGGUUGCCAAUGAAAUUGCAUUUCAACCAAGUAUACUGUCAAGAAGUGCACCCCUGGUUGGUAACCGUAAAUAGUGGUCAUCUGCUGGCAGAAGAGCAAGGAUUUUGACAUUACAACAGGCUGUUCUUCAAACUGGUUUACAACUACCUCUGGAAGAAAGAAACCGAUAUAGCCUACUCACCUUUUGUCGCACACCCUCUGAAGCUGUUAAUGUUGUGUUACUCUGACUCUAUUCUGUAAACAUUAAAAGUUCUCCAAAGAACCUUUGAUUUAGUUGUGGAGGAACUCUUUAGUAUUCUGAGGAACAUGGAUAAAAGGUUUCUUGAACGUUCAGAGAAAGGUUCUUUGAAGAACCCUUCAGUUGCCACUGUGGCAGAAACCCUAAAUGUUCUCCAGGGAACCUUGGGGGUCUGCCCAGAACGUUUAGGUUCUUCAUGGAACUGUUAGGUUACCCUACGGUACAGCUGACGGUUCCUUGAGGAGCUAAAUUUUUACAGAGUGAGAGUUUCCAUAAACCUCCAUGGAUGAUGCAGACCCGCCUUGUGUGUGCGUGUGCCUGUGCGUUUGUGUCGGGGAGGGGUUGUUUUUGAGAUCAAUGUGAUUAUGCAUCAAAAAGUAAUAAUAGUAAUAACAGUUAAUAGCAAUGAAGACUGAUUCUGAAAUGAUUAAGAAAUUAACAAUAAUGUGGAUUUUUGAAGUUGUAACACUGUUUGAGGUUUAAUAAGAUACUUUACUGAUGUAUUUGUAGCAUUUUUUCUUUUCUUUUCCUUCAAUAAAAACAAUGACGCAUCCCAA